UUUAUUUUAAGAGGCGUCACCGGAAGUUUCCCUCCUGAUGACUGCAGUGUUGAGGUAUCCAGGUGUGUUCUCGCCGUCAUGGGUCUGGUCUACUCGGAGCCGGCGUGUCAGGCGGCUUACGAUGGAGAUCUUCAUCGGCUCUAUAACGUCCUGAAAACGGACCCGACCAAGCUGAACGUGCAGGACCCGGAGUCUGGAGAAACGCCACUCGUGGCCGCCUGUCGGGGCCGGAGGAUUAAGGUGGUCCAAUACCUGCUGGACCUCAAAGCCGACGUUCACCUGACCAGCAAGAAACGGAGAACGUGUCUCCACUACACGUCCAGGAUAACCUUCACUCUGCUGGACUACCUGAUGAUCGCCAUCCUGAUGCCCAUCCUGCUGGGAUACCUCAUCAUGAAGCAGAAGCAGAAGCAGAGCGUGGAGCUGAUGCAGGCCGUGCUGAGCAGCGGCGUGAGCGUCAACGCCACCGACUACAAGGGAAACACGGCGCUGCACUACGCCUGUCAGAGGAAGAGCCACCACCUGGUUCCUCUGCUGCUGCAGCAGAACGCCAAGACCAACAUCAGAAAUGCGGAUGGAGAAACUCCGCUGGACAUCGCCCUGCGGCUCAAGUUCACCAAGAUCUCCAACAUGCUGAGGAAGGCGGCGUGACGAAGGCGGCUGGCGAUGAAGAUGAGGAUGCUUGAUGUGCGAGGGGCGGAAACAUCUGCCCGUCUGUCGUCUUCAGCUGCCUGGAGCUCCAGCUUCAGGAGCAGAAACGACCUUCUGGACCUUCACAAACCCGGAACGAUCAGGUUCUGCUGGUACCAGCUCCUGGCAGGUCUCUCCUCGGAUCAUCUGAUUGGCUAAAGUCAGAUUUUAAUUGACAAAUGGUUUCAACCAAUCAGAUGAUCUUAAGUGUCUGUUACUCUGAACCUCCAGAUGGUUCUGUUUGUGUUUGGGUCAGAACCAGUUACAUGGAGACUCCACCCUCCCUCUGGUUGUGGAACCAGUAGUCCGGUUCUUUGGUCGACCCAGGUUCCUAAACGAAUUCAUACUCUGAUCCAAAAGCUGCCCGCUCCACCACAGCAAGAACAGAGCUCUGGUUCCGGACAGACAGGUGGAUCCAAACCCCUGCAGGUCACAUGACUCCAUGGUUCAGUCGCUAAUCUGGACUUUCAAACUAAAACUAAACGUUACCGACUCUGUUCGAAGAUUUGAUCAGAUGUUUCUGUCUUCUAGAGUCUCCAUCUUGUUGGAUCGACUUCUGUUCUUCUGCUUUUAUUCACUGCUGUAGGAUCGGACCUUUAAAGUCCAGAACCUCACACUGAACAGGAAGUGUUCUUUAAAUAAAUGUUGGUUGUUUUUGACA